UAAGUGCUCACUCACAGCCAGACAGAGACAGAGUGGAAACCUCUUGUCAAGUUUCUUUCUGACCCUCAGAGCAUCAGCAUUUUAACAGAUUCACUUCUUCAUUGUUUCCCUCCUACACUGGGCUCUCUGUGCUUUUCAGAUAACUGUGUCGAUGGCAGUCAUUCUUCUGAAUAUCUGAUUUUCAGGAACAAAAACUUCACCUCAUCACUAGUCUCUGUAUUGCAGUCGGGCAAGCGUGACGCAUGGACAGUGUCAGGGCGCACACUUCUUAUUGAGAAACUUCACUUUUGCGGCACAGAGUUAGGUUUAAACAAGUGAUUGAGAUUUUUUUUCUUCUUUUUUUCUUUUUUGGGGGCAUUUCAGUAUUUUUAUUUAUUUAAUUUUUUUAAUCAAGGAUGCUCGUCCUAACUUGGAAUAGAUGCUGUGUUGUGAUGUUUCUCGUCGCUACACUGAAGACGGGGACAUCCCAGGUAUCAGAGACGCGCCCAAAGGCGAACUCCAUCAAGCCAGCUCUGUUGGGAGAGACACCUACACCCGCUACAAAUCGCUCCACCACAGUCCACAGCGGGAUCACCAAGAAAUAUAACGUCCUUGUGCAGCAGGUGUAUCCAUGCAGCAAUGAUAAGGAGUGCAGCGUGGGAAGCUACUGCCACAGCCCUCAACAGGCGCCUUCACGCUGCCUCACCUGCCGCAGGAGGAAGAAGCGCUGCCAUCGAGAUGCCAUGUGCUGUCCUGGGAAUCGCUGCAGUAACUAUAUUUGUGUCCCUAUCUCUGAGAGCGUGCUCUCACCUCACCUCUCAGCUUUAGAUGAGCCUAACAAACUCUCCACCAAAGACCACAACUGGAGGAAGAGUGGGAAGGCACAUGCUAAGCAUUCCCUUAAAGGGCACGAGGGCGACCCUUGCCUGCGUUCGUCUGAUUGCUCGGAGGGCUACUGCUGUGCCCGCCAUUUCUGGACCAAAAUCUGCAAGCCGGUGCUGAGGCAGGGAGAGGUGUGCACCAAGCAGAGGAAGAAAGGCUCUCACGGCUUGGAAAUCUUCCAGCGCUGUGACUGUGCCAAGGGCCUUUCCUGCAAGGUGUGGAAAGACGCCACCUCCUCAUCCAAGUCCAGGCUUCACAUGUGCCAGAAGAUCUGAAGUGGAGGCAGCUGCUGUCGGCGUAGAGGCCUCUGUCUCCAUCUGCCAGGGAAAGUUUUUUAAAGGAUGGGUUGUGGCUGUAUUGAAAGGAGUAAAAGACAGAGACUAACAAGAGACAGAACAGACUGUGUGGGUUCAAGCUCGCUAUUCGGCAAGCGGAGAGCGACCGGGAUUGCUUUAAUGUUUGCUGUGAGUGGUCCAUCCCUGCACCCACACACAAGCACGCACCCUCACAUACACAAGCACACACACACACCUCAUGGGUUUGUGAGAUUAAUGAGCUCAUGGUGUGCUUGCUCACAAAUACAACAAACUCUUUUACACAUUCUCACGACAUUCAGGGAGCCACAAAGUUAGCCAGUAGAUGCUGUGAUAGGUGUGGACCUUUUCUAGAUGGAGGCAACAGACGUAGCAUGUCUUUCAUCAGGCUUCAACUUAUAAUAAUAAGACAGAUAGACUAUAUAGAGACAAGCCAUAUUUUUAUUGUACAGUACAGUCUUUACCAAACUCCAAAGUCAAAUAUCAGAUUUGUGAUAUCAUGUGUUUCAUUACAGCAUCUGAAUGUUGCCAUGAUGUGUUGUCUGUGUUGUCAAAUUCCAGUAUCUCCCUCUUCAUGUAACUACAAUCAGUAACAAUGUCCAGACUCACCAAAUACCAGUCAUAUCAUAUGAGGAACUAAUUGUAUACACUGUUUACUCCAGAGCUUGACUUGUGUACUGUAACAGCAUCCUGAGACUUCAACGUGACGCAUAAUACUCUUAAACCAAAGAAUGCAAGAACAUUUACAUCAGAGUGAUGAGUUUCAUCUGGGACAUUAGCUCCUCGCCCGGGUUUUUAGCCACAAGAAGAGAGAUAAAGUAGUGUGUCCGUUGUGGAAACCUCGUUUGAUCUGUCAGAUACAGCUGCAGUCUAUUGUGAUACAAAUGUGUGGGUUAAAACAGUUUGCACUGAGGUAGUGCUCUGCUGCAGACUUAGUGGUUCCGAUACCAGACCGAGAAUGGUUCUGCUUUUCCAAUCACAUGAACAGGAUUCAAGGAUACGAUGGAAGUGCAAUUUUUUCCGUUUACAAAGCCAGUAGGAACUGAGACGUGAGAAGAUUGAUUAAAGUUCCAAAAAUGCUCCAUUACCUGAUGUUUUCAAAGAGGAUCACAGUUUGAAUCAAUGUUUGCCCUGUUUAGUUUCCUGUUUUUAUACAACUGCAUACUUUCUUCUCGUGGAAUACUGUGCAGUUACGUUGUGCCGGAGGAGAAGCAAUGCUUUUUAUUUUUUCAGUUUCAGUUCACAGCUUCUUUAAACAACCACUUGUUACUUACAUAGUCAAUAUAAUAUCACAUUUGACUCUUUUUGCUUUAAUGUUUUUAGAGCAUCAACUACACAUAUUUUGUAACCAUUUAAAAUAUCAAUAAGCUCUUAUAUUGUAAAUAGAUUGGAAACAAUGAAAAUGUAUUUAAGAAUCAAUGUAUAUCAUGUACAUAUAAUAAAAAUAUGAAUCUUAAACGUUACAGCAAAAUGAUCUAGGUGAGAAGAGUACUGAGGGAUGAAAUAGGACGAGCACAGUUGGACAGAUUCGAAUUAGGCAAAAGGGGGGAAAGGCAUAGAUAGCUUUGGCUGAUGUUGCAGACUGGAUUCCAAAAGGAGAGACGAGUACAUUCAUUUCCAAAAUAGUCUGUGUAAAUGGUGUGUAAAUGGUGUCAAGAUUUAUAUCCCACUAAAUAUUGUUUGUGUUAAUACUUUGCAUUGAUUUGUUUUGUGUAUUUACA